AUGCACUUCGAGAGUGUCGUUAGUUCUCUACUGCUCAUUGCAACCGUGGCUCCUGCCCACGCGUGGCAAGCUGGAUCCCCGGGCAAUGUCAAGGAACCAUCUUAUCCCGCUCGGUGCUACCCAGACCCGUGCCUGAACAUCACUUUCUCCAACGCCUCGUAUGUAUGUGGAGACGAAAUGCUAGGCCCGGUCCAGCUUCCGCGACAAUUCCCACUGUCAACCGAACUGGCCACCUACUAUCGAUUUGGCGAUCUGUGCCCAUACGAGUUCCUCGCAAAAUGGACCUGGCCCAAUGGAUCCUACCACUACCCGCCAGGCGAUGGGUUCGUCCUCAAUGCCAAUGGCAAUCCUAUCAAGGCAAAUGUGACUUUGCCUGUUGGCCGAAAGAUUGACCGAUUUGGAGGCGCAAGUGGCACUUUCUUCAGUCCGUUGGGUGCCCCGUAUAUCGAGAGAGCUCUUCCACCUCGCAACCUGAAUAACAGUGAUGGCAACUUCCCAUACAGUUAUCAUGUUUAUCAGAUCAUUAAAGAGCUGGAUGUCGAACUGGGUCCUAUCGCUCCGUGGUUCGAGCAGCCGGGAAUGGGAACGCAGUUCGCAACCGAGUUGAAUGUGACAAAGCUCAUAGAGAAGGAGUUCAUUAAAGAGCUUCCCAGAUCGGAGUAUGAUGAUAGUUCGGACUUUGCGGAUAAUUAUACGCCUGGACCGAACUCUUGA